CCUGAAGUUUCCGAAAACUUCAAAGUCAACACUCAACAUUAGACGUGCUGAAAGUUGUUAUAAAAAUACAGUACGAUCAGUCUUACGUGUUUUGUGAGUACGAUCAAGGAGAAAUAAAUAAACGUUUUUUCAUUCAACCUGAGUACAAAUGCGUCGUUAGACAAAGUCGAUGGUGCGUCGUGGAUGUAUCCUUUUGACCGUAUUUUCUUUUUUAAGUUAGCACUUGGCCCAUACGACAAAUUCUAUGAACCCAUCCGACCAAAUUGGAGACUCAGACGGAGCUUCGAGGUGAGUUUGUCGCUCCCAAAUGAUUAAAAUGCACGUCUACGUCUAGUUAGGCAUCUUUCCAGAAGUUUUUUCAUCUGAUUUAAAGGUUAUGUUUGCUAUACUAAUAUUGUUUGUCAUUGCUAUCUAACGCAGAAACAACGUGCUGCAACAAAGAUAAUAACGUUUGUCUCUGUAGAAAAGUGAUCUGCAUCAUUUACAGAGCCUCAUGGUGCACCUUAAAGUAUUUGCCUCCUAAAAAUAUUCAUUUAAAUCAGCACUGUUGAAAGCUACAACUUAGAUUUGUUCGAGAAACCAUGGGCUUUGAUAACCAGAACAGGACUAAUCCAGAAGCAUCGUCGAGCAAGUCAGAGGCUGUUGAUAACGAAUCAGAUUCCAAUCCGCCAUCUGGUGAAAAUAAGGACGAAGUUAUGAAACGUGCAGCAGCCAAGAAACUUAUUGAGAGAUACUUUUACCAACUUACUGAUGGUUGCGGCAACCCAAGCUGCGAUAAUAAAUACUGUGCUUCCAGUGGAACUUUAAAACCACUGUCGCCAGAUGAGGCUGCUGCACAGGCAAUACAGCUGUUUUCUCAAGAUGCAAGGUUGUGUGAAAGACAUCCAAAUAAAAUCGCUAGAAAACAUGGAAAUAUAUUAAAUGAUAAAAAAAGUGAUGGUGAAGAGUUAAGCCCACAAGGUGAUAUGCCCACAAAUGAUGUCUCUCAGGCUAGUGAUAUGGAUAGUAAAAACAAUCUAAGGUAUAACACAGGAUCUGUACCAACAUUCUUAACAGAGCAGACCUUGUACAAUAUAAUAGAUGAAUGUGAAACUAAUGAUAGCUAUUCGCCAUUAAUAAGGACAUUAGGUGAAAUUUUUAGUAGUAUAGAAAACUUAUCUAGGAGCUUUUUGGAAGAACCCACACCUACAGAGGAUCCUGUUAUGAAUAUUGAAAGCACAGGAGAUGAUUGUAAACCACUAAAGAAGGAAGAAUUGCGCUGGGCUCAUGGUUUUGACCCGGACAAAGAUGAAGACACAUAUGCACAUAGACCUAGUGAAGAUGGAGGUGGUGGUACAUAUUCACGCCUUCCACCAGUUGAUGUUCCAGCUGUGAGGAGAGCUUUUCGCGGACUUUUUAACCUGAAUGCUGCAAUAUUCGAAAAUGCAUUAGUUAAUGCCUUGGUUACUUUGGCAGGCAAUCUACAAAUGGAGUUGCCCACAAGGAAAGAAGGGGAUGGAUACGACGAUAUAGUCAAUGCCUUGAUCAUUGUGUUCGAGAUACCAGCAUUAGGUACUGGUGAUUUCUUGGAGACUGCCCUUCCAGCAAUAUGUAGGGCAAUACAAUGGCUGCCUGUAGACGUCCAAGCGAGGCUAGCCAGGAGGUGGGCCUCCACACCUAGCUGUUCAAGUAUUCGUAGUAUUUUGGAAAAUUUGCAGCAAUUGGUUACAUUAAGGGUGAUUGAAACACAUCUUCAAAGGGACUUUUUUGCCCAAGACGAGAAUGUCAUCACUUCAGCUACAAAGUUGAUGAAGAUAUUGUACUAUUCCAACAUAUUAGCAGGAGUGUUGGAAUCUCCAGAGCUUCGUGCGCAUGACCUCACCGACUCAAGUGAUAACCCUCUAAAGAAAAAUAUUAUUCCGGCGGAUCCUCUCGCGGAUGAAUUAGGGAUACACCUGUUAGAUUGUAGGAAACCAUUUUUACCCUUCACAGAAUUCUAUAAUGAAUUACUUAGUGACACAGUUGAGAUGGACAGAGAUUUUGCUAAUUAUAAGAGUGAAUCAGGCAAGUUCAGUUUUAUGCACUACCCUUUCAUUCUAACUCCUGCCACCAAGACCAUGGGACUAUACUUUGAUAAUAGAAUCAGAAUGUAUUCAGAAAGGAGGAUAAGUUUCCUUCAGGCAGUUACAGGGCUGCCAUCUCAGCCAUACCUUAGGUUAAAGGUUAGGAGGGACCAUAUUAUUGACGACGCGUUAGUUGAGCUGGAAAUGAUAUCAAUGGACAACCCGAACGACCUCAAAAAGCAACUUGUGGUCGAGUUCGAGGGUGAGCAAGGUAUAGAUGAAGGCGGAGUUUCCAAAGAGUUUUUCCAGUUGGUCAUAGAAGAAAUAUUUAAUCCUGAUUAUGCAAUGUUUGCUGUGCAACCUGAAAGUCAAACAGUCUGGUUCAAUCCGACGAGUUUUGAAAGUGAUGCACAAUUCACGUUAAUCGGGAUAGUCUUAGGAUUAGCGAUAUAUAAUAAUGUCAUACUGUCUGUUAACUUUCCGAUGGUUUUGUACAGGAAGUUAAUGGGAAGGAAAGGGUCUUUCGAAGAUUUAGCGGACUGGAAUCCAGUGCUGUAUAAUAGCUUAAAACAGAUGUUAGAUCACUCUGAGCCCGACUUGGAAGACACUUUUAUGCAGACUUUUAGGAUAAGUUACCAAGAUGUGUUCGGUUCGACGAUAGACUAUGAUUUGAAGGAAAAAGGCGACGAAAUUAGUGUGACACAAGAAAACAAAUAUGAGUUCGUUGAUCUGUAUGCCAAUUUUUUACUAAACAAAUCUGUGGAGAAGCAGUUCCACGCAUUUUACAAGGGAUUUCAAAUGGUAGUUGAUGAAUCACCAUUAGAACUUCUCUUCCGUCCAGAAGAGAUCGAAUUACUGAUAUGUGGUAGCAAAAAUUUCGACUUUGACGAAUUGGAGCACAGUACAGAGUAUGACGGUGGCUACACAAAACAGAGCCAGAUCAUUAAGGAUUUUUGGUCGAUAGUACAUGCGUUGCCUAUCGAAGAUAAAAGGAAAUUGCUUCAAUUUACGACAGGUAGUGAUAGAGUACCCGUUGGAGGAUUAAGUCGACUAAAACUAGUGAUAGCAAAGAACGGUCCCGAUUCGGACCGUCUGCCCACAGCCCACACUUGCUUCAACGUCCUCCUUUUGCCAGAGUAUUCAGACAAAGAGAAACUCACCGACCGACUGCUCAAAGCCAUCAAAUACUCCAAAGGGUUUGGGAUGCUGUAAGAACAUCGCAAACAAAGGCAGUGCUUCACUUGUCGUGUUGUAGGCGUUCCCUUACUAACAUUUCAACUACAAAACUAAUCACACAGUUCCCCAUCUGCUCCUACAAUUCUUGUUCGUUGGGCUACAGUGCUGUUAUAGUGAGACGUAUAUGUAUAGGGUUUAAAAGGAGACUGAUUACAGACACACACAUACAGUUAGCAUGGAGUGCUCACAACAUUAUUGUAAAUAUUAAAUAGAUUGGUAAUUGGAGUGUCGCUGCAAAACACAGCCAAAACAUUUUUAGCGAAAUUGCAAUGUUGCCACUUAAUGUAGAGGUAGCUGAUCGCGUUAGAGUAUCAUUUGGAUUAAGUGAAAUUUGGUAUUUUCCACUAUUAUAAAAUUGCAUUUCUGAUCGCCGAUAUACAUCUCGUCAAUAGCGGCAGCUGCUGGGAAAAAGAUAGGCUUUUGUUUAGGGCUAAGAAGUACUUUUCUCCGCAUGACCUUCUUGCUCUGUACAAGGCCCAUAUAAGGCAUAGCUUCCAGUAUUGCUCACACGUUUGGGAUGCUGCCGCCUCGACUACAUUAUUUGUGCUCGAUGCUAUCCAGAGGUCUUUACUUAAAAAUAACAUGCACCAGUGGCGGAGAUACCGGGGAUUAGUAGCACUAUUUUUCCAAAUAAAAAUUCUACGCCACUGUUUUUUUCGAAUUUUACCUUCAAUUUGCUACAAAUAAUUUCUCUUGUGUUUUUUUGGUAGAGUGUAUAGUAUUCGUAAAAAUAAAAAAAACAAAUUAGAUAAUCAAAACUUUACUUCAAUAAAUGUUCAAAAAGACCACCAUUCUGACGGAUCCAAGUGCGGCAUCUUUUUCGUAAAGAAAAACGUAUUUCAUUUAUUUUGAAGAUAUUGAAAAAAUGUUUUUUCGAGGAAAAAAUGUUACAUAGAAGACCCCCCUUAAAAUGCGGUCGUGUGUAUGAUGUUUUAUUUUUGGUUACGACUUUUGAAUCACCCUGUAUACAUUAUAUACACUCACACAGAAGUAUAUAAUAAUCUUUACAUACAAAUAAAAAAAACUAACUCUCAACAACAGUAAUAAACAACAUUCAGGAUAAAUACUGAUAAAAUCGGCCAUAGAAUAAACACACUUUUCAAUGAGAUAAGUUUGACCUACUUUUCAAAAUGCUCAAUGCUUCUGCUUUUUUAUUUAUUACAGAAGCUUGUUUAUUAUUUUUCGACUCAAGAUGUGGGCAGCCCGGUUGCGAAUUUUUAAUUUAGGACGUCAAUAUCUAGUUGCUGGCGUGUUUCGAUAUCAUGUACGUCCAUAUUCAAAUUAUAAUUUGUUUUACUGACAUAUAUGCGGAGAUAGCCAUUUCAUUAAUAAGGCCAGGCAAUGUCAAGAUCUUCAGUUUCUUGAACAGCUCCCUACAGCUGUGAGUGCUGUUUACACCAACUAUACAACGAACAACUCUUUUUUGGUUCAAAAAGGCUUUUUGAGCAUUUACAGAUAAGCCUCAGAAACAUAACAUGUAACGCAGACGAGCCUCAAUUUGGGAGUGGUACAUCAAUAACUGGCUUUCGGUAAAUACCGAUUUCAUAUUUUAAUCAUAUAUGAUUGUGAAUUUAUCUUGUUGGAUAUUAUAAUCACAAUGCUCUUUGAAACUAACACAUUCUUCUAGAUACGACCCUAAGGCCCGUAUCGUCAGUCGUCCCUACAAUUGUAGGGCGCGUUUAUGGCCUCCUUGAUUGUCAUACUCCUUUCUCUCCUUCAAAAAUUUCUAGAAUACACUUGUCCCGUGUCAGCUUCAGCGCUCUCCUAUUGUGAAGAUAUGUUUUCUUUUUAAAUUGUAGGAAAUUUCAGGCUGAUAAAACAUGAUAUAACUCAAAAGCAAGCUUAAUUUGAUGCAAAUAGAUGUUUGUGACAUAACCUCAAAAUAGAGCGCUGACACGGAGAAGUAGAAAACUAUGACAAUCAAGGAGGCCAUAAGGGCGCCCUACAAUUGUAGGGACGACUGACGAUACGGGCCUAAGUAUCCAGAUCAAAUUGUAACGUUAUUUAGUGGCGCAAUUAUUGAUCUUUGCUGUUUAGUAGGCGGUUGCCGGUGUCCUGUAAGUGUCUAUCAUUUUUGUCUGAUACAAUGAUUGAAGCAUCGUUUGAGUAAAACCUAAAAUGGCCUGCAGGAAAAAGGGCUCAAGAUUGUUGUUGAUUGUAUAGUGAGAACAGCACUGGUCCAAGUACAGAAUCUUGUGGUACACCUUCAUCAAUAUUAGUAUUGCGAUCUAUUUUGCAAGUACGAGUUUAUCCAAAGGUACGCCGUUCCACCAAUUCCACAAUUAGCUAAUUUCAUCAACAAUAGAUCAUGAUUGACACAGUCGAAGGCCUUACUAAGAUCGCAGAAGAUCCCAACAGGGCCCUCGCCCUGUGCUUGACCAUUGUAUCAAAAAAGAAUGUAAUGCUGUAGACGUUGAUUUUCCGCUACGAAAACCAUGUUGAUUUUGCGAUAAUGUUGUCAUUCAAAAACAUCAGCCUAUCCAAGUAACAAUCUUCAAAUAUUUUUGAAAAACAAUGUGGAACAGUCACUGGUCUAUAAUGUCUAAAUGCAGGGUCACAUUUUAAGGACAAAGCAUGGAACAACUUAUGACGUCAUGCCAUAACUUUAGCAGGCAAUUUUGAUCUACAUUUAGAGAGCUAAUUCAAUAUCACCCACUUUUAUCCAAAUGAAGCUACAACAUCAUGAACACUUGUUACAGUUACCCUACAAUGUCUAGCUGUUUCUUAUCUUUAGAAAUGUUUUGAGCAUCCUGUUUACCUACAACCUGUAACUUUACACCCACAUACAUGUUAAGGCUGAGUCUUGCAAAUUAUUUUGCCAAGUUGUUUUCGUUGUGUAAAUCAAUUUAAUUCUCAGCGCUGUACUUUUUUGUAUAUUGUGAUAUGAUCAAUAAACGUGAAAAAAACUGAUUGCUG